CGCGCACGCGCAGCGGAGGGCGGCGCGGGCGGCAUGGGGACUGCGGCGGCGGCGGCGGCGGCUGCGGCGGCCGGGGAGGGGGCGCGCGGCCCGAGCCCCGCCGCCGUGUCGCUCGGCCUGGGCGUGGCUGUGGUGUCGAGCCUGGUGAACGGGUCCACGUUCGUGCUGCAGAAGAAGGGCAUUGUGCGCGCUAAAAGGCGAGGUACUUCCUACUUAACGGACAUUGUGUGGUGGGCCGGCACGAUUGCAAUGGCUGUUGGCCAGAUUGGGAACUUCCUAGCUUACACUGCGGUCCCUACAGUCCUGGUGACUCCCUUGGGUGCCCUUGGAGUACCAUUUGGGUCCAUUUUAGCUUCUUAUCUUCUGAAGGAAAAACUCAACAUCUUGGGCAAAUUGGGGUGUCUGCUGAGCUGUGCGGGUUCUGUCGUGCUGAUUAUCCAUUCCCCGAAGUCCGAAAGUGUGACAAGUCAGGCCGAGUUGGAGGAGAAGCUGACCAAUCCAGUGUUUGUGGGUUACCUGUGCAUUGUGCUGCUCAUGCUGCUGCUGCUAAUCUUCUGGAUCGCGCCUGCCCACGGGCCCACCAACAUCAUGGUGUACAUCAGCAUCUGCUCCCUGCUGGGGAGCUUCACUGUGCCUUCCACCAAGGGCAUUGGGCUGGCGGCCCAAGACAUCCUGCACAACAAUCCAUCCAGUCAGAGGGCCCUCUGCCUGUGCCUUGUGCUCCUGGCUGUCCUGGGCUGCAGCAUUAUCGUCCAGUUCAGGUACAUCAACAAGGCCCUGGAGUGCUUCGACUCCUCUGUGUUCGGGGCCAUCUACUACGUCGUGUUUACCACGCUGGUCCUGCUGGCUUCAGCCAUCCUCUUCCGGGAGUGGAGCAAUGUGGGCCUGGUGGACUUCUUGGGCAUGGCCUGUGGAUUUACAACUGUCUCCGUGGGAAUUGUCCUUAUACAAGUGUUCAAAGAAUUCAAUUUCAACCUUGGGGAGAUGAACAAAUCCAAUAUGAAAACAGACUAAGAUGCAGCCACGGGUUGAGGGUGUGAAGAACAGGCGUCGGAGGGGGUCUGUGGUUUUGACUAGAUGUCCAGAAGAAAGGACACUCAGUGAGAGUUGCCUGUGCACUAAUGAUCUAGUGAACGAACACUAGGGAGCCUUGCUUCGCACCAAGGUGGGGUCCAGAUCUCUCCCGCACCAGGCUCCCAAUGGUUGUCUGGGUAUAAACUCUGCUGAGACAAAUCCCGUUUUCAUUUCCAUUAACCUAGAAGCUUUCCUAAUUACUUGUUUAAAAACAUUUUAACAUAAUUUAACCAGAUAAUAAGGGUGAGGUCUUUCUAGUUAGUCCACGUAGGGGAGCAGACAUUCUUACCUAAAACCUUGGGAAAGGAAGAAACUUGUGAAACCUGGCCGUCUACAGUAAGCGUGACUGACUUUGUCUUUGUGUUAAGCAUGUAUAGCAUUCAGGUAGCUUACUCAAAAUAAGAGGUGUAUGAAUUGAGUUGUUUCCAGUCCUUUAACAACCUGACUCUCCGACAUGGUCCCCAAGACAGUAGUGGGCAGAGAGAGAGGAUUUCAUGAGGGGAUGCAGGGUUCCGUUGACAGGGUGACUUUCCAAUUGCUCAAAUCGAUAUUAGUGCCUUUAUCAUUUGAAUGACUUAAUUUAACUUUUGCUGUGUAUGUGUUAUGUGUUCUAAUCAUAGAUAAUGUAAAGCAGUUAGAAAAAGCAGUAUCUUCAGUGGAAGAUAAUGAAAACUACAGACACAGAAAAAGAUUGCAAAGUGACCCAUUUCUCUUUCAUUGUCCAAUUAAGGACAACUGAUGAAGUUCAGAGAGAUUUUUUAUUUACAUUUAACCUAUGUUCCUUGGAUCCAUUAUGAAAAACUACCUGCUUUCUGUUUGAGGAGGCAUUGUGGCCAUUCAGAAGAAAUAAACUAUUAAACUUGGCAGUCAAGUUGUUAAAUUGGAGAGUGUCUGUCAAGUACAUCCCACAAGAGUUUAGUCAAAGUACCUCCAAACAGGAACGGGUAUCAGGACUGCUUCUACAAAGGGUAAUGCAUACAUCCUUUCAAAGGGGCUUUCUAGCAAAGGUGAGAACAAUUUCGCCUUCUUGUUGUUUGACAUGGUAGAACUUCUUCAUGUUCUUACCAGACAUCUUAUUAAAUGCUCUGACUGUAUGCAAGACCCUGGGUUUGAUACCCCACACCAGAAACAAGCAACAAAACAACACAACCUUCUUACAUGGGAAAUAACUGUUAAUCAUGCAGUGGUUCAGAUUAGAAAUCAUUCUUCCAUCCGUAGUAGCCUUCCCUGUGCAUUAAAUUGGAGCAAGGUACAAAGUGAUACAUUAUAGCAUCAUAUUAUGAUGUUAUAUAUUCCACAUGCUUUGUUUUAUAUGAAUAGAAUGUGCCAAGUUUAAAAAUGGGGUGGAUAAAGUAGCUAAGGUAGAACAUGAGUUUUAAUAAUCCCCAAUCGAACUUCUCACUAAGACAAAAAUGUGCUUUUCCAUAUCAAAAGGGCAUUUCUAAACUAAAGACCCAGAGACUAGUUCACUGAACUAUAGAACAAAAAGGGUAAAUAAAAUAAUAGUUUAACAUAAAGGAAUCUGGUUGUCUGGCUCAUUUGUCAGAUUCAAUGAACUGAAAGUAUGCAUGAUGACCUGGGUAUAUUAGUCAUUGAUUGUGAAGAACAGCAACAAAAUGAUUUAAACAAUUGACAACCUUGCGUGAAGCAGUAGUUAGUAAAUGUUCAAGUUCAUUCUUCUUUUGUAAAAGCUCUUGAAUUUUUUUAAUCAUCAGUAUUAUUAGGAAUAUAAACCUUAAUUUAUUGAACAGAACAUAAUCGGAAAGUGUUAUACAGCAGGAUUGAUAUAAUUUUAAUAUUAAGGUUUCUGAGGUAAUAAUAUGGCUAUACUAGUAUAAGGAAGACACUUAAAAUGUGGAAAUUACCUUGUUUGUUUUGCUGCUUACUAUGGAGCUUAGUUUAAAUGCAUCUGUUGAUGUACCUGAGAUUUUAAUCCAUGAUUAUACAUUAUGAAUAUCCAAAGGUAUUUUGUGUGUCAAUCAAAAUUUCACAGUACUAAUCGUUCCCCUAAGUUCUAGAACAGGGAGAUCACCCAGGUCUCCAUCUAGUCGGCAGAUUGCUUCAGCAGGAUUCUGCCUUUGUUCCAGAGGAACUCAUUGCUUUUCAGCUCUGAGAAUAAUGUCCUAGUAACUGUCAGGAAUCGGGUCCAAUUUUUAGAUUUAACAUAGUGCACAUAUAUGUAUACUUACUGUUUUAUAAAUUCAGUUUUCACUUGGAAAUGCAAAAGAAAGUAGAAUUCCCACAUAAGAUCUUUGGGGGAAAGUCUAGAAUGCAAAGGAACCUCUUGCUGGUUUCUCCAGUAGGAAACACUUUAAUUUAUGGGGUCUUAUUUCUGAUAAAACUUAAGAAAACAUGCCAAUUGUAUACUUUUUUCAGGUCUUUAAAAUCAUCAAAAUAAGAACUGUUGGUAGCGAUUUAGAGAAUUCCUCUUGGAAGACAUUUAGGCCAUUUCUCUCCUUUUCUACUCGGGCAAUGCCUUUGCUCAUAAACAUCUUUACAUUUGAAAAGGUUGUUUUCUGUUUUAAGUAUUGAUCAGUGUAGGGUCAGGGAGGCAUUCCUGCUGGAACCCAGAUGCAGGACGCCAUCUGGAGCAUCUUUCCGGUCUGCACAAAGGCUGUAUCUGUGGAGGUUCUUGAGGAGGAAGGCAUAACUGCCCACACUGGGACCUCUGGAGAAGAACUGUUUUCCAGUGUCCUAGCUAGCACUAAGGCUAUCAUCACAAUUGCUGCUGUUAGAAUCUCAGUAAAAUCCAUGUGGCUGCUGUGUGUUCAACAAUAGGGUCCUAGUUCUACUGUUUACGCCAUUUUGUUCUGCUUUAUUUUAUUAUUUCCAGCUCAUCACAGAAACAAUACAUUGAUGUUUUCCUUCAUUAAGUUUCAUGUCUGUUUCCUUAUUUCUUUUUGUGGUAUUAGGAAGUUGAAUCCUGAGCAUUGUGUGUGCUAGGCAAGAGAUUUACCUUGGAGCUACACCCUAGCCUGCUCGUGUCUGCUUUAGAUAGACCCGUAAUCAGACGUGCAGAGACAGAGGCCUUCCUUUGUCCCCACAGCUCAGCUGCUGGUAAAUGCUGUGCUGGACUCUUAGAAACUGGUCUCCAGGCGUCUGUCAAGUACUAGGAUGCAGGGCUUUUUAGAUGUGGAAAAACAGAUGGUCUGUGGAAACAAGUAUGGAUGAGCAUAGGCUACUGCCCUGUUGUAUAAUUUGCUUUCUCUUUACCCCUUAAAAGGGGUCAUUUCAUGUAUCCCAGGCUGACCUUGAAUUCCCAUUCGUAUUUCCUCAAUCUCAGUGCUGGGAUUAUAGGCAUAUGUCAUUACACUGGGCCUCCUGAGUAUUAUAAUUUUUGUUGGCAGUGAUGCUUUUACUCUACACUGAUCUAGCAGAGUGGAGUUCCUCUCUGACGCCUACUUGGUCUUGGUCAGUAUUCUCGUGACCUUUAGAAAGACCUCAUGACUGUAUGAAUGAAAUCUAAGGACGUAUUCUCAGUGUGUCUGACACCAAGAAGCUUGUUCAUCUGUUAAACAGGACGGGGGAGAAUCUUGGUGUUAAGCAUUCUCAGGGACCAAAGCUGUAUUAUUAGUUCCUUAGCACAGACUUUCUAAGGACAUAGCCACGUUUUUUCCUUGGUUUUACUUACUCAUGGCUAGAUUCUGCUGAGUUGACAAAAGGCCACUUGGCACACCAAUCCCAUUACAAGCCAGUUCACCACACAGCAGGCCUAAACUUUUUGUAUUUCUCCUUGCCACAUGACAAUUGUUACUGGUGAAUCUUAAGAAUCUGUUAUUUAGCUCUUAAGUGAUUUUUCACAUCUGGCAAGAUUCAUAUCAUAUAUUAUUAAGAAUUAUAGGGAUGGUAAUGAGCAUUUGGUCCAAUAUCACUACUCAUUUUUGUCAAACACAUUUUUAUUAUGUUAUCAAAUACAACAAAAGAAUAUUUUUUAAAAGUAAUAACUGUUGCAUCAAAAGAUAUCUACUUAAAAAAUUGAUAUUCUGUAGAAAAAGAUGACCAUGUAAAUAAACAUCUAAUUCAAAUGUACCCAAAGUAAUUUAAAAGUAUAGUCAUAGGCCAUGGAUUCAGGGAGGAUUUAUUUAUUCAUUUUAAAGAUUUAUUUUUAUUUCAUGGUUGUGUGGGCAUUUUCCUACAUGUAUGUAUGUGCAACACCUGUAUGCAGUACUGGCUGAGGCCAGAAGAGGGAGCUAAUACUGCUUGUUCAUCACCACACUGGCUCUAGGAACCCAACCUAAGUCCUCUGCAAAAACAGCAAAUGGUCUUAAACACUAAGCCAUCUCUUCAGAUCCAGAGGACUUAUUUUUUUCUUUUCCCAAUAUUCUCCCGAUUUGUGAAAAUAUGUGUGAGUUUUUUAACCUUCCUGUGCCUCAGUUUUUCUACCUCGAAUGUUGAGGGCAGGUUCUUCAGGUUGAUGGAUUUUGAACUGAGAGUGUUUUCAGUCGUACUCUGGAAAUGGUAGGUAGGAGCACGAUGCUGAGAACUGCUCUGGAACAUGUGUGACGAAACUCAGCUUGCGGACUUUGGAGCCUGCUGGCAAAGCCAGAAGCGUGUGGAGCCUUGAGCGCCAAACAGCUAAAGGGAACACUGGGUAUAAAGUUUGUGUGAUUCGGUAAGACUUCAUCUUGUUGUACAGUGAGGAAAUAAAACAUGGACUUCAAAAAGAAAACCAUUGAAAGAUCAAAUUAUGACAGCGUGAUGGUUCCUUUAUGUUCUACUUUGGUUUCUGUGCCGCAUGUGUGCCCCAUCGAUUCUGUUGCCUUGAGUUUGUCAUGAGAAAGGUAGAGCUUCCUGCUUCCACGCACCUUAGCCCUGAUGCCGAAUUGUCUGACUCCAGGAAAAUGUCAGGAGCUCCCUAAACACUAAUGCCAAAGAGUCUCCUUGAAGAAUUCAGAUUUCCUUUGUUAGAAGACCUUGCAUUUCACUCCAAAGGUGUUUGUGCACUUUACAAAAAUUUGAAGCUGUGGCUCUUUAGUUGUGUUCCUUGUUUCCUUUUUAAGAGGAUAAUUUUUAUUUCAUCAUGAAAUUAAUAUAAUGAGAGAAAGAAACGGAGAUCAAAAAGAGCAUCAAAUGUUGGUUGCAUAAAAGAUUUUUCCCCCACAUAAACGUAGUAGGGGAAAAUGUUUCCAGUUAGUUCACAUACAUAAUAAUCAGUGUCUAAGACUUGCGUAUAUUUUGCUUCAUAGAAGUAGUCAUAGCAUGUUAUAAUUGCCUUAUGUAAUAAAAAGGCUAUUAAGUUUUCCAAUAUUUAUUACCCUGUAUAUGUUUUAAAAUAAAGUGACAUUUCU